AGGAUUUCAGAGAAACCUUUUACACAAGUUAAAAGUUCUUACUUUGUGCUUUGAUAUUGAGUGUGAUGAAUUUCCGGAGUAUGGAUUUCUACAACAGUUGCCAAAUGUAAUGAAGCUUGUGGUGUGUGACAGUUCCUUCAAAGAGAUUUUCUGCGAUCAAAAACAUAACAAUAGUGAAAUUCUUUUACAAUUGAAAGAAUUACGGUUGGAGUCCCUUCAAGAGUUGGUUUCGAUUGGCUUAGAAAACUCAUGGACUGAACCCUUUGUCAGAAAUCUAGAAACCUUUGAAGUCAUUAAGUGUUCCAAUUUAAAAAACUUGGUAACAUGCAGAGUGUCUUUUUCAAAUCUGAUACGUUUAAAAGUGGAAAAUUGUGGUAGCUUGUCAUAUUUGUUCACAUCUUCGACAGCCAAAAGUUUGGCUGAACUUCAAAUAAUGGAGAUAGAAAACUGUAAAUCAAUUGAAGAAAUAGUGUCUAAAGAAGGGAAGGAAUCAGAUGAGGAUGAAAUAAUAUUUCCGAAGCUCAAUUGUUUGAAUCUUGCAUAUAUGAAAAAUCUCCGAAGGUUUUACAAAGGGAGUUUAAGUUUUCCAUUGUUGGAGGAAUUGUCAAUAGCAAAGUGCGACGACAUGGUAAGAUUAUGUGGAGGUACCCUGGAGGCAAGUAAGUUGUCUGAAGUUGAACUUGAACAGUCAAACACUACAUUGGAAACUGGUCUCAACUCUACUAUGAAGAAGGAAUUUCUGAAAAAGAUUUCAGAGCUUGAUGAACUUGAUCUGGAAAGUAGGCCAGGACUACAAGAGAUAUGGAAUGGCUCACUGCAUAUCCCCGACCUCUCUUUCAGAGAGUUGGCCAAAUUGACUGUGAAUGACUGCCAGUUUUUAUCAGAUGCAGUGCUACCCUUUCAUUUACUUCCUUCAUUACCCAAAUUGGAGAUAUUGGAAGUUGGAAACUGCAAUCAUGUCAAAGUCAUUUUCGAUGUCAAUCCUUUAACGCAAUACACUUUAAUCACUCUUCCUCUGAAGAAAUUGGUUUUAUCCAAUCUUCCAAAUGUGGAGAAUGUUUGGAAUGUAGAUCCUCGUGGAAUUCUAAGCAUGCAACAUCUAGAACAAGUGUUCGUUGAUAAAUGCAAAUGCCUUAAAAACGUGUUUCCAGAAUCAGUAGCGAAAGAUAUUGUGAAGCUUGAAGAACUAGUCGUGGAAGACUGCGAGGCAUUGAUGACAAUUGUUGCAAAUGAAUCCAAGGAGAGGGAGGAAUUAGUUGAGGAUGAGAUAAUAUUUUCGCAACUCAUUUAUUUGGAGGUGAAAAGUUGCAAUAGCCUGCAAUAUUUAUUCAGAUCUUCAACAGCAAAAUGUUUGGGUAAACUCAAAAGUAUGAAGAUUAUAGAAUGUAAAUCAGUUGAAGAGAUAAUAUCAAAGGAGGGGGAGGAAUCUGAUGAGAACGUAGAAAUAAAAUUUAAGCAGCUCCAAUAUUUGUCUCUUGAAAAAUUAGAUGAGCUAAAGUGCUUUUACGAUGGCAAUUUUACUUUAAGUUUUCCAUCCUUGAAGGAAGUCCACGUCAUGGAGUGCAGCUCCAUGAAAACUUUCAGUGCAUUCAACAAAAUAGAUAAUCCGACAAAGUGGUAUUAUUCAGAAUAUGCGAGACCCCGAAAAGAAACUGAUCUUAAUUUUGCUCUGUGCAGAACUUCUGAAGAAGAGGCACCAGAUGCUUCGACCACAUACUGAAGAUUGCGGAUAUGAUACAUCAAAUAUUAACUAAUGCCACUCCAAUUAUUAAUGUUUUUUAUGGUGUGUUUUCCUAUCAUCUUCUCUAUGCGCCUGCAGGUGAUGAAUAAUUAGAACCAGUUUUUCACAGCAUAACAUGAUGAUUACGUCUUAUUACGUUGAGUAUCUGUUGCCGACUCCAAUAUUGCAGUAAUUAAGAGGAGGUUGAAGGCAC